ACAUUGGGCUUUUACUGCCUUCACCACCAGCUUCCAUACGUGGCUCUGAAUAGACACUGGGUUCUCCUGUCUGCUGCUGAAGGACCACUAACAACAUCUCUCACAGCUCUGAAUCCAACGGACAAAGAAAAGAACAAAAAUGAAGGUUGCCAUCAUAACAUUUUGCCUGAUUGGAGCAGUUUUUGCCAACCCAAUUUCAUACAAUGUUGUUUUGGAGUCAAGCGAGCUCGACGCAAACACGACUGAAAGUUUGUCUGUUUCACAAUCGUCUGAAAAUAACACCUCAGAGCUUCAGAGCUCUGAAGAAAAUACCUCAAAUCAAAGCUCAGAGUCAGAAUCAUCAGAAUCCACAUCAGAGGACACGACUUCAGAGGAGAGUAACAGUCAGUCCGAUGAGACUGACUCUAUGGCUGAAACCAGAGAUAACAGCAUGGGCAGUGAGGAGAAUGUUCGAAAGAGCUGGGUUCAAGUGUUUCCAAGUGUCGUCAAAGUCCACAGCACAGAGGACAAUAGCAGCACAGAAGUCCAAGGUCAAACAGAACAGCUGAGCAUCGAGCUGACAGAGAAACUGCCCACUCACACCUCCACCAGCACGAUUUUCAAACAGCAGACGGGCAACACUCAAGGUCAAGCGAACCUGCCACUGGUGGAGAACCCCACCGACAGCAGUGAUACCACCAGUGACAGCGCAGACACCAGUGACAUUACUGGUGUUACAGCUGCCACCAGUGACAGCAGCGAAAGCAGCAGCAGUGAAAGCAAUGAGACCAACGAGGCCAGUGACAGCAGUGAUGACAGCAAGAGCACCGAGGAUAGUAAUGCCAGCGACAGUACAGAGCUGGAACAAAUCAAAACCAAAGACUGUGUGAAUGGAACUCAGAGCUGUGAAAGUGAAGAGUAUUUCUUCCAGGAUAUAGGAGAUGAUGCCCAUCACUCUGUAGACAAUCUGAUGAUGCCAGAUGAGGAGGAAAGGGAGCUAAGUCUAAGGAGAUGAUGACAUGCACUUGUGCAACAUUAUGUUUCCCACUAUGAACUACAACUCCAUAAAAUGACCUACCUGAACACUUCAGGAUGACAAAUUUGCUCUUGCCCAUCGCUUCUGAAUGUUGAUUUUGGCAUUAUAAUAUUAUCUAUAGCUGAUUGAUUUAUACGUGUGUAAUUAUUAUUGUGAUGGUGAUAUAGCCAUACUUACUUACUAUAGCAUUUACUUUGUUUUGAUAAUAAUAAACAAAUAUACAUAUAUAUAACCACGGUAUUGGAUGCUUGCAUAUUCUUAUGACAUGACGGGUAGUGGAAAAUAACAAAAAAUACAUUUACUUAAGUACUACACUUCACUUGAAUUUAUGCAUUUUUAUACUUUUACUCAUUUUAGAGGGCAAUAUUGUGCUUUUACUUAUUUACAUGUUUACAUGUUACACUAGGUACUUUGCAGGUUGAUACUGUAUAUGAAAUCAGACUGAAAUCUGAUUUGCCAUUGGCAAACAGUACCAGACAAUAAUAAUAAUAAUAAAUUUAUUUAUAAAACGCUUUCCAUCAAAGUGCUGUACAACAAGAUGAAUAUAAGAGCAGAAACACAAUAAAAUGAAAUAAAAAUAUAUUUUAUAUACUAUACAGUAUAUACUUCAAAUGAGCUGUGCCUGCCUCUGAAAUGUAAUACAUAUGACAACAUACAUCAAUGACAUUUGAAAGGCCAUUUUACCUUUGAUACUGUAAGCACAUUUUCGUACUGUUAAAUGUAAAGCUGAAUGCAGGAUGUUCACCGCA